UGAGAACGGCCAUUGCUCGACCAGAGUCGUGUGUUUGCAUGGUUUCGUAUUGCAUACAAGCCCGCCUUACUUCGCUGCAUGCUGCUCCAUAAAUAACUGACCCUGGGAGCGAGGCAGGCUCCCCUGUGCAACAGUGCACUGUGCUGCUCCUGCGCGGCACGGCUCUCAAAUCCCGCGAUUAACCAAUAGCGAUGCCGAAAAGAAGAAGUAACAGCCCAAAGAAGAAGCAGCAGCCCAAGGACCGGUCGCGCAGCCGCUCGCGCGACGAGGAGAACAACGGCACCAGCAAGAACAGCAAUAAUCGGCUGCUGUUCGCAGCGGUGCUCGGCGCCGUCGCCGCCGUCACGGCCUACUACUGGCGCAAUGACGCAGAAGACACGCCGUGGCAGCCACGGCCCUCGGACGCGUACGCACCGCUCAAGAAAAUAAGCGGCGUGUUGAUUGAGGACUUCGUGCCGCAACGAAUUAUAGAUGAGCUACGAUACCAACUCAUGGACGCCGUCAACGGGACGUGCGCUGCGCCUACCAUGGUCUGUUUUGAUCCAGCGCGCGUCGACGUAGCGACGGGCGAGGCGGCGUCGCUGUUGCCGCCGUGGCUCGCGAACGCGACCGCGGCCGAGGUCGUAGAACGGCCGGGCGCGUCGCACUGCGUCCAGGGUAUCAAGGAGGCCGACGCCCACGCGGCGACGGCGUCCGUGAGCUUUGUGUCAUCUCGAGACGAGUUCGUCGCGGCGAAGGCUGUAGAAAGAGCGGUCCAGUCCGCCGUGGGCCUGCCGGGGUCGCACGGGCUCUUCCAGCAGCUUUUGUAUUAUCCGGAGGGCGCGCCGGGCUACGCAUCGCACCGCGAUUGUAGGGAUGACGCGGCGGCGGCAGCCGCCGCGGCCGGCGGCGCCGCGCCGCAGGAGCGCGCCUUCACGACUUUGCUCUACCUAUCGGACAACGCGAGUGGCGACACCGAUUUUCCUACGCUUCGCGUUUCCAUAAAACCGCGCGCCGGGCUCUUCGUCGCGUGGCGGAGCCUGAAAAACAGCAAGUGCGACCCCGCGUCGACGCACGCCGCGGGCCCAGUUCUCGUCACAGACGCGCCGAAGCUCGUGCUACAGCGAUGGUACGAGCGCACUCCCUACCUACCGGGGCCGAACGCCCACGGCGAGCCCUGGACGCGCUGUAGCCUCGGCGAGGACGGUUCUGUUGAUAGUUGUCGCACGUACUGCGCCUCGCAAAGGGCGCGCGCGGCAAGCGACGCCCUGCGCUUCGGCAUGGAGGCCUUCACGGCCCACAAGUCCGGUCUAGACCCCGAUGCGCGCGCGGCGGCCGUCGAAGCAUUAUCGGACGCGCUCUCUUUGCUUCCGGGCCUCUCGCUGGCCCAGGUCCUGCUGGCCCACGCGCUCUACGACGGCGCCGAAAUUGAUGAAGCGCGCAUCUGCGAUUUGUGUGCCCGGUUCCUCGCCGACUACCCCUCUCUCAAAGGGGUCUCCGAGGACGCGGAGGUCAUGCUCGAGGAGCUACAGUGCGACGGCGGCCUCGUCGAGCGGCACCGGUCCCUCGCGCUGCACGAGAUCGCCGCGGCGCGCGGGCGGCCGCGAGCGGCCUAGUUGUUUAUAAAUUAUGUUGUGGG